CAUAGAUCAGAAAAUAUUUGUUGCAACUAUUGAAAUUAUUUUUGUUGGUUCGAAAUUUUUACAUAUUUAUGUUGGUUAUGACUCUUAUGGAAAUGAUAAUGUGUUUUAAGGAAUAAAAUUAAAAUUGAUUCUGUUUCAUACUAAAAUAUCAAACAAAAAAAAAAAAUUUGUUUUGGCAAAGAAUAAAGGUUUUAGUGUACUCUUUCUCUGUGGUUAACUUUAAAGUUUUGGAAGCAUGUCGGCGAAGCUGGAAGGAGAUUCUUUACGUAGUAGAUAGGCCACAGGUGGUUUCAAUCUUCCCCAACAACCAGACGAAAUCAAACAUAAAUCUGUAACAGUCGAAGAAACUCUCACUCUUUAAUUGAUCAAUGGCGUCUCUUCAAAUCAGUGGCUCCGUUAAAUUCGAGCCGUUCGUUGGAUUCAACCGGAUCCGCCAUUUCCGUCCGAUCGCCAGUCUCGGAUUUCCUCGUUUUCGACGGAGAUUCAGUAUCGGACGGUCAUUGUUGCUUCGUCGUUCUUCUUCCUUCUCCGGUGACUCUCGUGAGUCUGAUGAAGAGAGAUUUAUCACAGACGCAGAGAGAGAUGGUUCUGGCUCCGUUCUUGGCUUUCAGCUCACUCCUCCUGGUGAUCAACAAACAGUUAGCACUAGCACAGGAGAAAUUACACAUCAUGAAGAGAAGAAAGAGGCUAUUGAUCAAAUUGUAAUGGCUGACUUUGGCGUACCUGGAAAUAGAGCUGUUGAAGAAGGAGCUGCAGAGGUUGGGAUUCCGAGUGGAAAAGCUGAAGUUGUCAAUAACCUUGUUUUCGUUACAUCCGAGGCGGCUCCUUACUCGAAAACAGGAGGAUUAGGAGAUGUUUGUGGUUCUUUGCCGAUAGCUUUAGCUGGUCGUGGGCAUCGUGUUAUGGUCAUUUCUCCUCGGUACUUAAAUGGAACUGCUGCAGACAAGAACUAUGCCCGGGCUAAGGAUUUGGGGAUACGUGUAACAGUAAAUUGCUUUGGUGGUUCUCAAGAAGUUUCCUUCUAUCAUGAGUAUAGAGAUGGUGUUGAUUGGGUUUUUGUUGAUCACAAAUCCUACCAUAGACCUGGUAAUCCCUACGGAGAUAGUAAAGGAGCCUUUGGUGACAAUCAGUUUCGGUUCACGUUACUUUGCCAUGCUGCAUGUGAAGCCCCUCUCGUGCUGCCUCUUGGAGGGUUCACUUAUGGAGAGAAAUCACUCUUCCUUGUCAAUGACUGGCAUGCCGGCCUUGUUCCCAUACUUUUGGCCGCAAAGUAUCGCCCAUAUGGAGUUUAUAAGGAUGCAAGAAGCAUUCUCAUUAUCCAUAACCUCGCUCAUCAGGGGGUGGAGCCAGCAGCUACAUACACCAACUUGGGAUUGCCUUCGGAAUGGUAUGGAGCAGUCGGGUGGGUAUUUCCAACGUGGGCAAGAACUCAUGCCCUUGACACCGGUGAAGCGGUUAAUGUUCUCAAGGGUGCUAUUGUGACCUCUGACCGUAUCAUUACUGUGAGCCAGGGCUAUGCAUGGGAAAUCACUACUGUUGAAGGUGGUUAUGGUCUUCAAGAUUUGCUUUCUAGUCGGAAAAGUGUUAUAAAUGGGAUCACAAAUGGAAUUAAUGUUGAUGAAUGGAAUCCAUCCACGGAUGAACACAUUCCUUUCCAUUACUCUGCUGAUGAUGUCUCCGAGAAGAUCAAAUGCAAGAUGGCACUACAAAAGGAAUUGGGUCUCCCCAUUAGGCCUGAAUGUCCUAUGAUUGGUUUUAUAGGAAGACUUGAUUACCAGAAGGGCAUUGAUCUGAUCCAAACCGCUGGUCCUGAUCUCAUGGUGGAUGACAUUCAAUUCGUCAUGCUUGGUUCGGGUGACCCAAAAUAUGAAAGCUGGAUGAGAAGUAUGGAGGAAACAUACAGAGACAAAUUCCGUGGUUGGGUUGGGUUCAAUGUCCCCAUCUCUCAUCGAAUCACAGCCGGCUGUGACAUUCUUCUCAUGCCGUCGAGAUUCGAGCCCUGUGGUUUAAAUCAGCUAUACGCAAUGAGAUACGGAACCAUUCCAGUUGUUCAUGGCACUGGAGGACUCAGAGAUACGGUUGAGAAUUUCAACCCUUAUGCAGAAGGUGGAGCUGGUACUGGUACAGGGUGGGUCUUCACUCCCUUGUCGAAAGAUAGCAUGGUCUCGGCCUUGAGGUUGGCUGCAGCAACGUACAGAGAGUAUAAACAGUCAUGGGAAGGAUUGAUGAGAAGAGGAAUGACCCGAAACUACUCUUGGGAAAACGCUGCCGUUCAGUAUGAGCAAGUUUUUCAGUGGGUUUUCAUGGACCCUCCCUAUGUCAGCUAGACCAAACAUAAACUGAACCAAACCGAGUUGGACCGGAUCAGACCAGACCUGACCAAUCAGAUGGAGAGUGUGGAACCUCCUUUUCCGGCUAUCGAAAAUCUAUGGUUUUCAACGUUUCCACAUUAAACCGUGUAUCUAUCUAUGUCUAUUAUCUUAAACUCGUAUGGUGUUUGUUUUGGGGAGGUAUAGAAUUUUAGUUAUGAGGUUAUAAUAUGUUUUUCUUUCGGUUAUGACAUGUGUGUCUUACUCUUUUCCUAAUUAUCUGAAUCUGAACUAGAUUUCUUUUGAUAAGACAUUAUACGAGUAGACUAAUAUGACUUAAGUUUAUAAAAAACC